AUGUCAUUAAGACUUCCGCCGGUAAUCAUGGAUAAUGGAACUGGGUACACGAAGCUGGGCUUCGCUGGAAAUAGUGCGCCGUCCUUCGUCUUUCCCACAGUGAUUGCUACGCGUGACUCAGUUUCAACCAGUACGUCUGGAACAGCCCUUCAGUCCAAACCUUCUAUUUCUGGAAAUAUUGCUUCAAAGCGUGGUAUCGAAGAUUUAGACUUCUUUAUCGGAAAUGAUGCUAUAUUAAAUUCUAAAACAUAUGGAUUACACUAUCCAAUUCGACACGGACAAAUUGAUAAUUGGGAUCAAAUGGAACGUUUCUGGGAGCAAAGUAUUUUCAAAUAUCUAAGGUGCGAACCUGAGGAUCAUUAUUUUCUUUUGACGGAACCACCACUCAAUGCACCCGAAAAUCGAGAACAAACAGCUGAAAUUAUGUUUGAAUCUUUCAACAUCCAAGGACUUUACAUAGCAGUUCAAGCUGUUUUAGCAUUGGCUGCUAGUUGGGCUUCCAAUAAGACGUCUGAUUUCGUAUUAACCGGUACUGUCAUUGACAGUGGAGAUGGUGUUACUCAUGUUAUUCCGGUGGCCGAGGGUUACGUAGUAGGAUCGUCAAUUAAGCAUAUACCAAUUGCCGGUCGUGAUAUCACAUAUUUUGUUCAACAACUUCUUCGUGAUCGGAAUGAAACUUCAAUCCCUCCCGAAGACUCUUUGAAAGUGGCAGAACGUAUUAAGGAACAAUUUUCAUAUGUUUGUCAAGAUAUUGUUAAGGAAUUUAAAAAAUAUGACCAAGAAGGCGACAAAUACUUUCAAAAGUAUCAGGGAAUUCACAGCCCAUAUGAAGUUGACGUUGGGUUUGAACGUUUCUUAGGACCGGAAAUAUUUUUCAAUCCUGAAAUUGCAUCAUCUGACUUUUUAACACCCAUUCCUGAAGUUGUGGAUAACGUUAUUCAAAGUUGUCCAAUUGAUACUAGACGUGGUUUAUACAAGAAUAUAGUUCUUUCGGGCGGUUCGACUAUGUUUAAAGAUUUUGGUAAACGCCUACAACGAGAUAUAAAACGUGUGGUCGAUGCACGCAUUAAAAGAAGUGAGGAAUUAAGCGGUGGCACGUUAAAGGCAACACCAAUAGACGUUAAUGUAAUCUCUCACAAGAAACAGCGUUACGCGGUUUGGUAUGGAGGCUCUUUGCUUGGGAAUACGCCGGAAUUUUACUCUUAUUGUCACACGAAAGCAGAAUACGAAGAAUAUG